AUGGCUGAUAGUCUUGCCCCAGCCUGCACUCCACUGAAGCAGGAAUACGACUCGUGCUUUAACAUGUGGUUCGAAAGCUAUCUCGAGCCGACACUCACCAACGCAAGCGAGAGCCAACGCAAGGCCCAUUACGCGCGCAAAGCUGAAGAAUUCGAAGCAAAGUGCGGCAAGGUCUAUGCGGAAUAUCAGAGUUGUCUUCAUGGAGCGGUCAAGGAGAAGGGUAUCGAGCCACUGUUACAGCAAGCGCGGGAGGAACAUCCAUUGCGGGAACCACUUCCGCCAGCCUCUCCUCCCAAGACAAAAUAG